ACACCCUCAUUUCAUUCCAUCUAGAAGGGCGGCACAACUGUGGCACACAUUCAUUCUUCCAUGCCCACCUAUUUUAUAUUAUCAUUAGUUGACUCGAUGAUCGGCCGGGAAGAUAACCAUAGCAUUUUUCUCUGCUACACGACGUAAGAAUUUUGUCCAGAUUUUACUCUGUAAUAGUGAAGGACUAAAAGUCAAUAGGGAGCCGACAAUUUUUCCUCGUGUUUGAUAAAAUCAAAUGGGACGUUCGGAAGGGCUUCUAGGUAGUGGGUGCAUAUCCUUGUCAAGUUGCUUUCUUUACAUUUUUGGUCAAAUAUCUUCUUUUGAAUUAGCAUAACAUAAUGAGGCCCAUUUGAGCAGAACUUCCACAGUUUCUUCACAAAAGAACCAAAAUGGUCGUUACCGGCAGAGAUGAUGUUCCGGCAACGCUUAAGCCCGACUAUGAUAGAGCAAGUGAGUUGAAGGCUUUUGAUGACACAAAGCUCGGCGUUAAAGGACUAGUGGAUGCUGGGGUUAUUGAGAUCCCUCGUAUAUUCUAUAAUACACCGGAUGACUUUGACAACGUCUCAGCUUCUGGUGACACCCAGUUUAGUAUUCCUGUCAUAGAUCUCCAAGGCAUCGAGAAAGAUGUAAUAAAACGCAAGAAGAUUGUUGAAAGCAUUCGUGAUGCAUCGGAGACGUGGGGUUUCUUUCAGCUGGUCAAUCAUGGGAUCCCUGUGAGUGUUUUGGAGGAGAUGAAGGAAGGGGUGCGUAGGUUUCAUGAGCAAGAUACUCAAGUGAAGAAAGAGUUGUAUACGCGUGACCCCAAGAAACCGUGGGUGUAUAACAGCAACUUUGAUCUGUAUAGCGCUCCGGUGACUAAUUGGAGGGAUACAUUUUAUUGUCUAAUGGCACCUAAUCCCCCAAAGGCAGAAGACUUGCCAGCUGCAUGCGGAGAUAUACUGGAGCAGUACUCAAAGCAAGUGAUGAAGUUGGGGAUUUUAGUGUUCGGGUUAUUAUCAGAGGCUCUUGGGCUAAACCCAAACCACCUCAAUGACAUUGAUUGCACUGAGGGUCUUUCGGUUGCAUGCCAUUACUAUCCUGCUUGCCCACGGCCAGAGUUAACAAUUGGCACAAGCAAGCAUGCAGACGGUCCCUUCCUGACUAUUCUUCUACAAGACCAUAUUGGUGGCCUCCAAGUCCUUCAUCAGGACAAGUGGGUCGACAUCCCUCCGGUGCCAGGGGCUCUAGUGGUUAACAUCGGAGAUCUUCUACAGCUUAUAACAAACGAUAGGUUUAAAAGCGUUGAACACAGAGUAUUGGCAAACCAGGUCGGGCCCAGAGUAUCUGUGGCGAGCUUCUUUUCCACGGGUUCUCGGCCAACCUCAAAACUUUACGGACCCAUCAAGGAGUUAUUAUCAGAAGAUAAUCCUCCAAAGUAUAGGGAAACCACAGUGAGCGACUAUGCCAAUUACUUCUUGGAAAAAGGCCUUGAUGGGACUUCUCCGCUGCCGCAUUUCAGGCUCUAAACUUUGAUAACAUAUAUGAAUAAAUGGUUUCUGAGUUAGAUUUCCCAUUUUAAUUUUCCGUCUAGUUUGUGAGCUAAAUAAUGUAACGUAUUUACUAAACAAGUAUACAGUUAUAAAUAUUCUAGCUCCACACUUUGGUGAGCAGUCGUGUGUUGUUAUUAAUAAAGUAUACGAGUCAUUACGCCAUUGUAUCUCUAACAGGUAAACCUAUUGUACAACAAUUGUAAUUGAAGUCCUAUAUUUUUAUCUUA